AUGGAGGCACUGUCAAAACAUUUCCGAUUCUUUCAGAUGCAGGUGGUUGAGCCCUAUCUGUGCAACCUUUUUAUGAUGGGGCUACGCUACGACAUUGAGGAAGCUGUUAGACCUCUGGGCAUUCGUCAGUUCCAAGUGCUAGUGGAGAAAGCCAGAGAGGUGGAAGCCAUGAAGAACCAUCGGGGAAGCCGACAAGUGAGUGGUGGGCCAAUCCGGUCUAAUCCACAACAACUGAGGAAAGAUGAUAAGGGAAGGAAGCCCUUCCCCAAGAAACCCUACCAACGAUCCCAAGCAAGAGGACACAGUUCAGGACAACUCUACAGUGGAGUUACAACCAACACCGGGGCACCUACCCCACGCCCUGAAGUCAUCUGCUUCAAGUGUCACAAACCGGGACAUUUAGCCAACCAUUGUGACGAUAAGGCUUUCAACUGCUGUAAUUACAACAAGCCUGGACAUCUGUCAAGGGAUUGCAAGGAACCUAAGGCAGAGACUACUCGCGACACUGACAGGGGAAAGCGCCCUAUGGCCACGGGAAGAGUUUAUGCACUGUCUGGAUAG